CAAAUGAAAAAAAAAGAUAUUUCGUGAAUGAUUUAGUAAGGUGAAAUGUCUUAACUGGAAUGUGCCGUAAGUUUUUCCAAGAAUCUGUGAGUGUACUCUUGGGGAAAUUGUUUAUACUCUUUGAUCAAGACAGAGACGAGCUUCUCAAACAAGAAGACUGGAUUGAGUUCCUCAAAGCCCGACUGACAAGUGACAAACAAGCGGACUUCAUUGAUCAAAUUGAAAGUGUCGCUUAUGUAUUGUGCGGUGAUGGGCCCAUUGAUUUGAUCGCCUUCAACAAAAUAUUCCACGCUAAAGGGAUAGUUGACAAGUUAUUCCGUCUUAUUAAACAAGAUAACACGGGAUAUAUUUUACCUGGACAGAUUAUGGAUUUUCUCUGCGAAAUAAGUAACCCGAGAUCACCGGCGGGCUUCGAUAAAAGCAAUCUAGAAUGGCUGGAGAAGAUCUUCAAACAGACAGUUGGAAACGAACGAGAAAUACGUCGUGAGGAAUUCAAGAAAAUCGUUAUAUCGAAGAACCCUUUCUUCACCGAGAGAGUAUUCCAGAUAUUCGACAAGGACAACUCGGGUACAAUAUCUCUUCAGGAGUUUCUUGACGCUAUGCAUCAAUUUGCUGGUAAAACUCCGGACGACAAGAUUCGAUUUCUCUUCAAGGUCUACGAUAUCGACGGGGACGGAUUAAUUCAGCACCGUGAAUUGGAGCACGUUAUGCGAGCUUGUAUGGAGGAAAAUGGAAUGAAAUUUAGUGAUGAGCAGAUUGAAGAUUUAACGCUUGCCCUGUUUGAAGACGCCGAUCAGGGAAAUAGAGGUGCAAUCACGUUCGAGGCCUUGAAGAAACAGCUCGAAAAACAAGAGGGUCUUCUUGAGAAUCUAUCCAUCAGUAUCGAUCGUUGGAUGGUACCACCGAAGCCCGAAGAAUCCAGACCAUCAAUUUUAAGUUUGCUGUAUUCAUUAAAACCUUAUCAGCUGACGAAACCUUAUUUAAAAAAUAACCACGUCUUCAUAGUGUUCCUCUCGGCAUUUGUUAUUAUCAAUUUUAUCCUUUUUGUGACGAGGUUGUAUCAAUACCGAAAUACAAAUUCUUACACAAUGUUGGCUCGAGCAUGUGGGCAAUGUUUAAAUUUUGAUUGCACGUUUAUAUUAAUACUGAUGUUACGACAGUGCAUAACAUUCCUGCGUACACAUGGAUUUAAUUCGAUUUUACCGUUGGAUCAUCACAUUUACCUGCACAAAAUGGUUGGCGUUACGAUUGGAGUGAUGGCUGUCGUGCAUACCGCAGCGCACCUCCUAAAUUUUGGUAUGGUUGUGAUCAACGAUGAAGUAUUAAAUAGCUCGCACUACACGAUGUCAGAGUGGCUUUUGACGAGCAAACCAGGACUCUUUGGUCUAGUGGGUGGUGGAGCUAAUCCAACUGGUGUUGCCUUGAUCGUUAUUCUCUUUAUUAUGACUACAUGCUCGAUGCCCUUUGUUCGACGUGGCGGAAGCUUUGAGAUAUUCUACCGGACUCAUUUGCUGUACAUCCCCUUCUGGGUGCUAAUGAUAUUCCACGGGCCUAACUUUUGGAAAUGGUUCGUACUACCAGGAGCAAUUUACAUGGUGGAACGAGUGCGUCGUUUGAUGUGGUUGCAAUCUGAACGCGGUAAAACAUACAUAAGUUCGGGUCUUCUGCUUCCAUCGCGUGUAACGCACCUGGUGAUCAAACGACCUCUCCAUUUGGAUUUUCGUCCAGGCGACUACGUCUUUGUGAAUAUACCAGUGAUCGCUGGGUACGAGUGGCACCCCUUUACUAUCAGCAGCGCACCAGAGCAAGAGGAGUACAUGUGGCUGCACAUAAGAGCCGUAGGCGAAUGGACUAAUAGUUUGUACGCGUACUUUGAAAAGGAGCAGCAUAAACUAGAGCGCGGAGAUGCGAUAGCCAUCGAGGGAUUUGGUUCAUCCUCAACUAGACUUCCACAAUCGACAUCGACAACAAUAGAAGAAGAAGAAGACAAAGUUAAAGUUAUAAACGAAUCCCAGGGCGAUCCUAGGGGCUUCGACAAUCCUCUUUUUGUUAGUGACAGUGAUACGUUGGUGUCCAGCUCAAAUAUUACUGGUAUGAUCAACACCACCGCCAACACAGCUACUGUCAACCCAGAUGUAGAUUUAAAUGGACACAAGGAUGCAGUGGUAUCGCCGCAAGACAGAAAGCUGAGACAGCUAUUUCUUACAAGUAAAAUGCCUCUUGAAAAGUCGUUUUCCAUGCCAGAUAUGCAGACUAAGCGGAAAAAACGUGAGCGACUGAUAGCACUACGUGACUACAUGAGAUCGGAAUCAGAGAGAAACUUUGAUGAAAUAAAAAUACGUCGUGCACGGUUGAAAUCACUGGGUCUGGCUUACCUCAGCCCGCAAAAUAAAUCAUUGGCGCAAAGUUUCAGAUAUAUGAGAACAAAACCCACAAUCAUUGCAUUUAAAACGCCUAGUAUGGAAAAUUGUGAACAUGAUAAUCUGUCUGACUCAGGUAACGUGUCAAACUCCAUACAAACAUUCAUAUAUGUUUACAUAUGCUCUGCAGAUAAAGAUAAACGGAAAGCGAGCAUUACAAUGACAUUAGCGAGUAGUGCAGCUGCUGAAGAGGGUCGGAUGCAGAGUAAAAUUGUGGAAUUUUCACAAAAAAAUAAUGGCAUAGAUACCAAGAAUUUAAGUGAACAUCAUGCGAUAAAUUAUCUCGUUGGUAAACCGCUCGAAAUUUUUCUAGAUGGUCCUUACGGAGCGCCAUCGAGUCAUAUCUUUCAAUCGCAACAUGCCGUGUUAAUCGCCACGGGAAUUGGAGUUACGCCUUUCGCGUCAAUCUUGCAGUCGAUAAUGCAUAGAUAUUGGAAAGCGCGACACACCUGUCCGCAGUGUAAAUUUUCUUGGGCAAGUGAGAUCCCCGUCACCGUGAUGAAGCUGAGAAAAGUUGAUUUCUUCUGGAUAAAUCGCGAUCAACGCUCGUUCGAAUGGUUUGUCAAUUUACUGUCUCAGUUGGAAAUAGAACAAGCUGAACUCGGUUCUUCUCUUGAACGAUUUCUUGAAAUGCAUAUGUAUAUUACCAGCGCGCUGCAAAAAAAUGAUAUGAAAGCCGUCGGACUUCAGCUCGCAAUGGAUUUGCUUCAUGAAAAGGAAAAAAGAGAUUUAAUAACAGGACUAAAGACACGUACAAACGCCGGAAGGCCGAAUUGGGACAAAGUCUUCAAACAGCUUCAAGACCAGAAAAAAGGAAAGAUUACCGUAUUUUACUGUGGUCCGCCGGAGUUGGGACGAAUUUUGCGCUUCAAAUGUGACAUGUUCGAUUUCAAUUUUCGGAAGGAGACUUUUUAGUUUUAUAAAUUCCCAUACUAUCUCGAUUCAUCAAUGUGUCUAGAUAGUGAUUAAUUGUCAUUCUGUUGGCUGGAAAGUAAAUUUAAAAAUCUUUAUAAAUAUAUGUGUAUAAAAAUAUAAAAAGAAGAAAAACAAUUUAACGGCGUAUGCUAACGGUCAAUCAAUGAAGAGAGAUGCCUUGCAUUGAUAAUCCGUCGAUUAAUAAUCGCUGGUGUACACGACAGUAAACGUGAGGGUCGCGGAGACCAUCAGACCAGACUAGAGCCAACAGCCAGUGCUAUAUCGUGUGGAGAUAGGUGAGCAGUGUGUGGGUGAUUUUUGGGGUGGAAAUCGCUAACCGCUAUACCAACACUACCAGUAGGACACCACCAGCACUACCACUAGCACUGCCAUUAAUCGAUUGGGCAAAUGGAGCAAGAGCAAACAACAAGACAUUCCCAUGUGACACAUCAUAUGUAUUAACGCGUCAAAGGAUAUCCUCAGGACAUAUCUGUGUAUAGAGAUGUAUACGCCGAUUUGUGCUUGAGAGUUAAAUUAUAUGAGACAAAUAAAUCAUUCGUUGUGCAAGGUAAAAGUUGUCAAACAUCAUCAAACAAAUCUUCAUCAUUCUGUCUCUCACUCCCUCGAGAUUUAAUCACCGUUUGAUUUAUUUUUUAUUCAACAUUUUUUGUUUUAUUAUUUGUUAUAAAUUUAUCUCCACUCUUUCAUUCUCCGCUUGACUGUUCUCUCUAGAGUACAUUGU